CACUCAUCAUUAUCUCCGAUGGCCUCGCGAUAUCGGCUAUACAACCACCAGUUGAUUGGAUUACAAUUGUGAUAUACAACACCAAUAUCUCCCUGACUUGCUGGUUGGUACCUGACCGGGAAUCGCUUCCACCCCCUGCAUAGGGCCGACAGCUUCACUCCCCAACUUUAUCUAGUCAAAAUGCCACCACCGCGCUCUAUCCUCCAAACCUUCCGUCUCUUCUCACAGCGCAAACCCUCCGCCCACCGUCUCUUCUCAACUCCUCCUCCUCCCCAACCCCCUUCCGCCAAAGAUGUCCGGUCGCGUCUACACAGACUAAAUGAUCGUCUCCCAGCCUCGGUCCGUCCCUACACCGCGCCUCUUCUUGGAGCUCCUGCAACGCACAUCACAUCCUUCCUCAUCCUGCACGAGAUCACCGCCGUGAUCAGUCUAUUUGGAUUGGUAGCUGCCUUUCAUUACAACAAUGGACUGCUCCCGGAUAUGUCCUCCAACCAAUUGUUCGAGGAGCAGACGCAGAAGUUCGGACGUUGGCUGCGGAAGAAAGGCUGGGUGGAGGAGGUGGAUGUGGAUACUGUAGCUGAGGAGUAUGGAGGGGACGGUGCACACCACCAUGGCGAGGGGGAACGGUCAGCGCUGUCAGUCCAAGGGGAACGGGAGGGAGUGAAGUUGA